AUGAGCGUUCUCCACGCGGCCAAAAAACAAGACAUUCCCGAAUUCUUCUCCAAGGACGACACAUGUCCGGAAUGCAGGAGCGAGCGGUACCUCAACCAGAGCAUGAAGCUGCUGGUAAGCCCGUGCUACCAUGAGCUGUGCGAAGCAUGCGUCCACAGAACCUUUGAGGCUGGCCCAGCGCCCUGUCCCGUGUGUCACCGGAUUUUGCGCAUGAACGAAUACUACCAGCGCAUAUUUGAGGACCUCACAGUUGAAAAUGAAGUGCGUAUCCGUGCGCGAAUGGCCAUGACGUACAACAAGAGAGAGGGCGACUUUAAGAGCCUAAAAGACUACAACGACUACCUAGAGAUGGUUGAGGACCUGGUCGUCAGACAGCUCUACGGUGACGACACGGGCGAAGUUGAAUAUGUGAUAGAAAAGUACAAGCGCGAGAACAACAGUCUUAUUGAGAAGAACCAGUCUAAGCAACAGCGUGAGGAGAAUCUGCACAGCCUCUAUGCUAAGGAGGAGCGGCUGAGAAAGCAGAAGCAGCGCGAGGAGUAUUUGAAGAUCUUGGAGGAAGAGGAGCGGGAGAGAAGGAUGCCAAGAACAGCGUGA